CUCGUGAGUGAGUGAUUUUUAGUCUUCUACAUAGAGUAUAGAGAGAGUGAUCAGAGUUUUCUUCUUUUUUUUAGAUCAUCAGCUCAAAAAAAAUAUCCAGUGAUAUUAUCUGUUCGUCUUCUUCCAUCCCACAUACCAGCAAAUAAGGUAAAAGAUGUCGUUUGCCGCGGUGAAAGGAGUACGCGUAAGGGCAUCUGCAGAUGGAUAUGGGCAAAUACCAUUGAAGGAAAACCAAGACCAAAUCGGAGGAGGAGGAGUUUCUGUUCAAUUCAAACGUAACGGUUCUCUUAAAACAAGCCGAGUUCAAGCAAGUUCUCAAGAUGGUGCUGGUGUGACAACUAACACCUCGGCUGAUCCAGUGCCAAAAGGUGGUCGUGGCCGCAGCAUUUCACCGUCAAGAGCAUUACUUACUCCUCUAAGCUCACAACUCUCAAAUGAUAAUGGACCCAUCAAGAGGGUGUUCACAUUUGGCAAAGGAAGGAGUGAAGGGCACAAAGGAAUGAAGGCAUUGUUGGGUGGAAAAGGAGCGAAUCUCGCUGAAAUGGCGACAAUUGGACUAUCGGUACCUCCAGGCUUAACCAUCUCAACAGAGGCAUGCCAAGAAUACCAAGAGGUUGGAAAAAAGAUAAUCGAAGGACUGUGGGAAGAAGUCUUAGAAGCUUUCGAAAUUGUUGAGAAUUCCAUGGGUGCUGUCUUAGGUGAUCCAUCUAGGCCACUCCUCCUCUCUGUCCGUUCUGGCGCAGCGAUCUCAAUGCCUGGGAUGAUGGACACUGUCUUAAACUUGGGGCUUAACGAUGAAGUUGUUGCUGGUUUAGCUGCUAAAAGUGGCGAACGCUUCGCUUAUGACUCCUACAGACGUUUCCUUGACAUGUUUGGUGAUGUUGUUAUGGGAAUUUCACAUUCACUAUUUGAGGAGAAAUUGCAAGAACUGAAAGCUGCAAAAGGAGUUCAACUUGACACAGAAUUGACUGCAUCUGACUUGAAAGAACUCGUCGAAAAAUACAAGAAAGUCUACUUUGAAGCUAAAGGCGAACACUUCCCUUCGGAUCCAAAGAAGCAGUUAAUGUUGGCUGUUCAAGCAGUAUUUGAUUCAUGGGACAGUCCCAGGGCAAAAAAAUAUAGGAGUAUCAACAAUAUUACGGGUUUGAAAGGAACAGCCGUGAACAUCCAAUGUAUGGUAUUCGGGAACAUGGGUGACACUUCAGGGACUGGAGUUCUAUUCACUAGGAACCCAAGUACUGGUGAAAAGAAACUGUAUGGAGAAUUCCUUGUCAAUGCACAGGGUGAAGAUGUAGUUGCUGGAAUUAGAACACCACAAGACAUUGAGGUUAUGAAGAAUUGCAUGCCAUAUGCUUACAAAGAACUUGUUGAAAACUGUGAUAUUCUGGAAAGUCAUUACAAGGAUAUGAUGGACAUCGAAUUCACUGUUCAAGAAAAUAAGCUGUGGAUGCUGCAAUGCCGAGCAGGCAAGAGGACUGGCAAAGGUGCAGUCAAGAUAGCUGUAGAUAUGGUGAGAGAAGGUCUUGUUGAUACUCGUUCUGCCAUCAAGAUGGUUGAACCACAACAUCUUGACCAACUUCUUCACCCACAGUUUGAGGAUCCAUCGGCAUACAAAAACAAAGUUAUGGCUGUGGGUUUGCCUGCAUCACCAGGAGCAGCUGUAGGCCAGAUAGUGUUUAAUGCUGAAGAUGCAGAAGAGUGGCAUGCACUAGGAAAGAGUGUUAUCUUGGUAAGGACUGAGACCAGUCCAGAGGACAUUGGUGGAAUGCACGCAGCGAGUGGAAUAUUGACAGCAAGAGGUGGUAUGACCUCUCAUGCAGCAGUUGUUGCCCGAGGGUGGGGAAAAUGUUGUAUCUGCGGAUGCCCCAACAUCCGUGCAGUUGACUCCGAGAAGGUUGUUAUGAUUGCAGACCAAGUGUUAGGGGAAGGAGAUUGGCUAUCACUUAACGGGUCUACAGGUGAAGUGAUAUUGGGCAAGCAGCCACUAGCUCCUCCAGCUCUAAGUGCUGAUAUGGAAACCUUUAUGACUUGGGUUGAUGAGGUUAGGCUUCUCAAGGUUAUGGCAAAUGCAGACACUCCUGAAGAUGCAUUGACAGCAAGAAACAAUGGUGCUCAGGGAAUCGGACUUUGCAGGACAGAGCACAUGUUCUUUGCUUCGGAUGAGAGGUUGAAGGCUGUUAGACAGAUGAUUAUGGCGGGAACUCUAGAACACAGAAAAGUGGCAUUGGACUUGCUUUUGCCCUACCAACGAUCUGACUUUGAAGGAAUCUUCCGUGCAAUGGAUGGUCUUCCUGUGACAAUCCGGUUGUUAGACCCACCGCUUCAUGAAUUUCUGCCAGAAGGAGAUAUUGAACAAAUUGUUGGUCAGCUAGCUAUCGACACUGGUGUGACCCAAGAUGAAGCUAUCUCAAGGGUGGAGAAACUCUCGGAAGUGAAUCCUAUGCUUGGUUUCCGUGGUUGCAGGCUUGGCAUUUCAUAUCCGGAACUAACUGAAAUGCAAGCACGCGCCAUCUUUCAAGCAGCUAUAAAUAUGACCAACCAGGGUGUCACUGUUCUUCCUGAAAUAAUGGUUCCACUUGUGGGAACUCCUCAGGAGCUUGGACAUCAAGCGAAUUUGAUACGUGGCGUUGCCAAGAAAGUCUUCUCUGAGAUGGGCACCACAGUAGCUUACAAGAUUGGAACAAUGAUUGAAAUUCCUAGGGCUGCAUUAGUGGCAGAUGAGAUUGCAAAACAUGCAGACUUCUUCUCGUUCGGGACAAACGAUCUCACUCAAAUGACAUUCGGGUACAGUAGAGACGAUGCUGGAAAGUUUCUACCUCAAUACCUUGCUCAAGGCAUUCUUCAAAACGAUCCAUUUCAGGUGAUUGACACCAAAGGCGUGGGUCAGCUUGUCAAAAUGGCUACCGAGAGAGGUCGUGGUGCUAAGCCUAGCUUGAAGGUUGGAAUAUGCGGAGAACACGGUGGAGACCCUACUUCUGUUGCGUUCUUUGCGGAGGCUGGACUGGAUUAUGUUUCGUGUUCUCCAUUCAGGGUUCCCAUUGCAAGGCUAGCAGCAGCUCAAGUGAUUGUUUGACUAGGAUGUGGAGCUCUUCUUGGUCAAGGAGGGGGACAAUGUAGGCAAUGGCAGGAAGAAUUGUAAAUAAUUAAGGGACAAUAAGUAGAUUUUAGUUGUUGUAAUGAUCAUGGUGGUGGAGAUGUAAAGCCACGAUUUGUCAAUUGUUGAUUAAAAACCUGCCAAUAAUAAUUCUUAAAUAAAUGAAAUUUUCACUUUGUGAACCCAA